CCUCUAAUGGCUUUGGCAGGGGAAGCAGCACCUUCUGUGUCCUGCUAGAAACUGUGCUCCCCAGCAUGAGAGGCGCCCCGCUCCUCGUGGCCCGGGUGGCAAGCCUUCACCUCUGCCUUCUGCUUCUGCUCUCCUUCUGGCUGGACCGAGGUGUGGCCCCUAAGGAGCUCAAGUUUGUGGCACUGGUUUUUAGGCAUGGAGACCGAAGUCCCAUUGAAACCUUUCCCAAUGACCCCAUUAAAGAGUCCUCAUGGCCGCAAGGAUUUGGCCAACUCACUCAGCUGGGCAUGGAGCAGCAUUACGAACUUGGAGAGGCUAUAAGGAAAAGAUAUGGAAAAUUCUUGAAUGAGUCCUACAAACAUCAAGAGAUUUAUGUUCAAAGCACGGAUGUGGACCGGACUUUGAUGAGUGCUAUGACAAACCUUGCAGCCCUGUUUCCUCCAGAGGGUAUCAGCAUCUGGAAUCCCAAACUGCCCUGGCAGCCUAUCCCUGUGCACACAGUCCCUCUUUCCGAAGAUAAGUUGCUAUACCUGCCUUUCAAGAACUGCCCUCGUUUUGACGUACUUUGGAAGGAGACUUUUAAAUCGGAGGAAUUCCAGAAGAGGCUGCGCCCUUAUAAGGAUUUUAUAGACACGUUGCCAAAACUUUCAGGAUACCAUGGAAAGGAACUUUUUGGAAUUUGGACUAAAGUCUACGACCCUUUAUUUUGUGAGGGUACUCACAAUUUCACUUUACCCUCCUGGGCCACAGAAGACACCAUGACUAAGUUGAAGGAAUUAUCAGAAUUGUCCCUCCUGUCCCUCUAUGGAAUUCACAAACAGAAAGAAAAAUGUAGACUGCAGGGGGGUGUCCUGGUCAGUGAAAUCCUCAAAUACAUGAAGAGAGCAACUCAGCCAUCAAACCACAGAAAACUUAUCAUGUACUCUGGACAUGACACAACUGUGAGUGGCCUGCAGAUGGCGCUAGAUGUUUAUAACGGAAUCCUUCCUCCCUACGCUUCCUGCCACUUCAUGGAAUUGUACCUUGAGAAGGGUUCUAAGGAUCGUCCUUGCUGUUGCCUUUUUCCUCGUGUCUGGUAUCCUGGCAGUGCUGCUAUUUACCCUCGUUCGCUAUGGGCCCUGCUGGCAGAGAGAAUCCUAUGGGAGCAUCUGAAUAGACGGCUGAAGAAGGGCAGACACACCGGGCCAACCUUCAGUGAAGCGGCUUCUGUCAGCGACACAGCAUUCCAAGGACAGUUUCACCACGUGGGCAUCACACUCUUCCUUUCGAGUGUGCCCAGAGCAGGAACUCACAGUGACCCCGGGACAGCUGCCGGGCUGACUGAUGAAUGAACACCCAGGUUGUUGAGUUAGGUCUCCUCCUCAGGGGGCAGGCUUCUCAUUUGGCUGGAAAGGAGCUGCGUGCGGAGGACAGGCGUGCUCUCUAGCACAGGCAUCUGGAGAGAAAUGAGGAGACAAACUCCAAUCAGCCUUUUGCCUGCAAAGAUCAAAAAGUUUCAAGGUGUGGCAAAGACAUAGAUCAAAGAAGACUGGACAAUGGGGGAAAAUUAGACUAGAAGUAGACGCAUAUAAGGUGAUUCUUAAGAAUUAAGACCUAGUUGGAAGGUUUAAUACAUCUGUUUUUUCAGCCAUUAAGUAGGUUUAAUACAAACAUAUAUACAUUCUGGAAAACAAAUGUCUACCAGGUGUUUGAUAGCCAACGCAUACAUACACAUAUCUAUAUCUGAAAAUGCCUGAGAAAGAGAUUUUUUUAAUUCUCAGGUACCAUAAUAUCAGCUACUUUAGUUGUAGCUCAGGUCAUUUGCCCACAAUUUCUAUGAUGGAGAAUAAGAAAAAUCUAUGUGCCCAUAGGGUUUUGGGGUUUUUUUUUUUUACAUCAACUAUCAGAGCUGGAUAUUUUUAAAGUUCUAAUUUCUUUAUUUCAUUAGG